GCAACGUGAUUGAACUAUAGAGCUCACCUUCUCACCCUCUUUCUGUAACCCCACAUCAACUGCUGACUGCUCUUUAAUCCUUGUGUCCAACGGCCAACUACACGCACUCCAAUCUCUCGAGCGCGUGGACGAGGGGACUGACAGCACUUCAGUCAACAACUCAGCAAAAUCGCGGCUUCAUGGAUAUGCUGUAUCACUACUGCUUCACAAAUGGCAGCGACGACCAGGACGACACAACUCGCAAAAACUUGCAGGCCCUCAUUGUGUCUAUGGCUGCGCUAGAGUCGGAGAUGAGCGCCUUUAAUGUAUAUGUUGUCACUCAGCAUAUGCAUGACAAGCCGUUGAACAUGUGGCCUAAAUAUGAGCAGUACUGCGGUCUUGGUACCGCUUCCAAGGAGCUUGAAGACACCGUAAAAGGCAUCAAGACACUCGUCCAGUCUGGUAGCUUCAGCAAUAUGUAUUGCAUCGAUAUGUACACGUUCCAGGCGCGCGAAAUCUCCAUCAAGGUCAGCAAUACGAUCGCAACGGUGAUGAAGACCAUGAGCGACAAAACGAUAGAUAUCGAAACAGAGGCCAGAACAGACGCGCAUGAGUCAACAGAGCAAGACACUGCCAUAGUUGCCAUCAUGUUUGAGUUGGCUGAAGUCAUCAAGCAUCUGACUACCGCCGCCGAAAGCACCUGGGCUGCUCUGAACCUUCUCGAGACUAUUGCAGCCAAAUCUUCUCUCCAGCAAGCAAACAAGUUUGCGAAAAUGCAGUCUUAUCUUCCGUGGGCAUGCUGCGCAUUCACUGCAAUCCUCGCGUUGUCCACAUUCUUCAACGGGCUCCACAAUGCAUCCCAGCCACCCGACCUGAACGAUAUGAGAAGCUCUAUUGCUGAGAUGCAGAGCGUGUGUGGUCUGGUGAACAAGAACCUCGACAUUGCCGCAUACGUACGGAACGACACACUGGCGGAGAUCGAUCAGCGCUUACUGGCCAUCGAGCAUGCUUGGCAGGACAACAACGAGCGCAUCGACAACGUGUGGGAAGCUUUGGGACCGCCGAACGCGGAAGGAACCUACUUCAUUCAAGAAAUGGGCGCCCCAGACGAACGACCUAUCGAUUCCCGCGUGCUGAAGGCACGGAUGGACAAACUAGAAGCGGACGCGCUGGAGUUCAAGCGGCAAGUCCAACGUGCCGAAGUGCGCACGGCCAGCCGUCUGAACAAGCUUGACCGGAAACGUGGAGGAUCAGGCGAGACUGAGGUGGAGUGAAGGAGCUGGCAUGUACGCAAUGUUAUUCUUCAGACGACUACGUUUCGUUUUUGCGCUCUAGUCAUGGCAAUGAGCAUUGCUGGGCCGAAUCAUAGGUACUGCCUAUGGCUCCAAGCAUUAUACUUCAAACUUGGAGACUCUUCGUUCCGAAGGUGGAGAGGAGGUUGCAGGCGUUUCCGGACAUAUUUGGCACGUCUGGAUAUCG